AUGAAUAGAUCAUGGCUCUUCUUGGUCGUCAUUGUGGCGAUGGUGGCAGGUGUGUUUUCUGCUCCAGCGGAGAGAACGCGGAGAAGCAGCAGCAGCAGCAGUGAGGAGUCUGAUGCGGGAUGCGAUUGCGGCGAUGGAGGGGACUGCGAACGCGAUUGCGGCGACGGAGGAGGUGGCGACUGCGAUGGUGGUGAUGGUGAUUGUGGAGAUGGUGGUUGCGAUGGUGGUGACGGUGGCGACUGCGGAGAUGGGGGAGAUGGUGACUGUGGCGGAGACUGUGGUACGGAUGGCUGCGAUGGUGAUGGAAAUUGUGGCGACGGCGAUGGGGGCUGCGAUGGCGGUGAUUGCGGGGAUGGUGGGGACGGUGAUUGCGAUGGAGGUUGCAAUGGGGGUGACGGAGACUGCGGCGAUGGUUGCGGCGAUGGAGACAGUUCAAGCUCCUCCAGUAGCAGCAGCGAAGAGGAGAGCGGCGAUUGCGAAGUUGACUGCGGUGCUGAUGGUGGGGAGGCUGGCGGCGAGGUCCAGACCGUUUCUGUUCCUGCACCGAUCCCAGUUCCACAGGCUCCAGAAAUUCAUUACCAAGUAGUUGAAAAGCCAAUCUACAUUCCGGUGCCUGUCCCUGCUGAUGAGGAAGAGGAUGAUGAGGAAGAUGAUGGUGAUGAUGAUGAGGGUAAUGACGAUGACGAAGGAGGAGAUGAUGGUGGUGAUGAUGACGGUGAUGCCGGAGAUGAUGGUGGAGAUGAUACAGGUGAUGAUGGUGGUGAUGAUGACGGUGACGACGAUGAUGGCAAUGACGAUGACGAUUGUGGUAUGAACGGAGAUAAUGUUGGGUGCGGAGGAAUAAAGACAGCUGGUGGGGAAGGUGUGAAUGUCUGCACGACAUGUCCAUCUUUCAUCUCUCGUACUCAUUCUGUCUGUGGAUCUGACGGUGCCACCUACGGAAAUCUAUGUGAGCUAAGAGAGUCGGCAUGCAGGAGAAACGACAAAAACCUUAAGGUUAUCAGCGAGGGUAAAUGCAACGGCAGUCUUGUAAAGCGCACCCACUGA